UAACCGGUGUGACGGUCAUCGGAAACACGACCCGUCGGCCACAGCCGGUCCGAGGUCGGCCUCAAGCGGGGAGAGACCUGAACGCCGUGAACUUGCCCACCGCCGUUACGCGCUCGCACGGCCGAAACGCGCGCGCGAACAGCUGCGACGACGGAAACAGGAAUCGAAAUGACCGCCGGCACGAACGUGCGCUCCGCCGCCCAGAGGAUCAGACCGAUUUCGGCGCGCAGUUAGUGUUGUGCCGUUGACGUACGUUUCAUUUUUUUUUUUUUUUUUCCUUUUCCUUUUUUUCCCCGUCGUCACCGUCGUCGCGGUUCAAUCGUCUACUCGCGAGUGGUGCGACGGAUAUCCGAACAAAAAAACCACCCGGCCGUCUUGAACGCGCGCGGCGAUGAUCUGCAAAGAGAUCAUAAGUGUCGGCGUGUGCAUCACGUUGAUGUGCUUAACCGCAACUUCAACUUGGCAAACGAGUUUCCUUAUACCGAAAUGGCUGCAGCAAUUGCCCGACGAAAACUUGACGGGCGUGCCGAAAUCUAUGAUGCAGCUUGAAAGCCGCAUGCUAUACCCUACUCGGCGAUUCCUGCAAAACAUGUUCAGUUCGCAGAGCCUCGUGAACAAAUCUUGGAUGUUACAGAGAACCCAACGGCGCAUGCUGAAGUCGACCAAGCCGUUCUGCAACACCAACGGCACCAGGUCAGCUACGCGGCCUUCGAGCGUACACGAACUGAGGCCAGGUGACAUAGACGUCAUCGGCGCCGUCGGAGAUUCGCUUACGGUCGGCACCGGAAGCUUUUCGUUCAUCUUACCGCAAUUAAUGGUCGACCACCGCGGAGUAUCUUGGACCGGUGGAGGACAAGGUACAUGGAAAGAAUUUUUAACCUUACCAAACAUUCUAAAAGUCUUCAAUCCGAAAUUGAUUGGCUACGCAUAUGGUGAUUCGCUAGCCGAAGAAAGAUUUUCUCAAUUCAACGUUGCUGAAGUUGGUGCUCUCAGUAAAGAUACUCUUUUUAUGACUAAAGAAUUGGUAAAAAGGAUCAAAAUGGAUAAAAGAGUUAAUCUAAAUGAUGACUGGAAGAUGAUAUCAUUAAUGUUGGGCUCAAAUACUAUUUGUCUAGAGAUAUGUUACAUUGAUUAUACCAAAUACGCUGAAAAACACAGAGAAAACAUUUUAUCGGCAUUACUAUACAUAAAGGAAAAUCUACCACGGACUCUAGUGAAUAUAAUUUUAAGUCCAAAUUUGAAAAUAUUGCUAGAGUUUAAUAAUUUGCCACCGAUUUGCUCCUUAACCCACAUCGUUGAAUGCCCAUGCUUAUAUGCGACACAGUAUAAAGAUAAACUACCGGAAUUUAUCAAACUAAUGACAAGAUUUCAAGAAAUCGAAAAAGAAAUUGUGGAAAUCGAAGAGCUGAAAGAUAAAGAAGAUUUUGCGGUUGUUCUCCAAACGUUCACGGAACAUAUAACGUUUCCGGUAAAUCGAUUCAACAGCACUGACACUUCAUACUUAUCAUCGGACUGUUUUCACUUCAGCCAGAAAGGUUAUGCCAGAGCCGCAAACGCAUUGUGGAACAAUAUAAUGGAACCAGUUGGGAGUAAGUCGACCAACUGGUCCAAAGAGUUCGAUCGAUUCAUUUGCCCGACGGACGAAUCGCCAUACAUUCGAACAUGGAGAAACAGUAUCACGUGAAUGGGAUUUGCAGACGAUUGUGUAGCACAAUUCCAAUGUGUCGAUCCAACACCGUAUUUGCAUAAUGUAUAUAAUGAUAUACAGCAUACGGGAAAUGAAGACUAAGCAGUAAAUAUUGUACAUAACACAGGCAGCCCGUCGCAUACACCGCAAUACCUAUAAUGACCAGAACUGAGCGUUUACGAGUAAAUAAGUUAAUUUUUAAGUUACUUUUAAUAUUAUGGUUACCAAUGAGAUAAUUUUUUUUCCACAAUACACAGUUACUAAUCAGUAAACUAA